UACACAACUGGUUAAGCACAGAGUGAAUUCCAGUCUGAUGUCACUGUUGAUAUGAACUCAAAGUAUUUGGAUCAUAUCCUGAUUUUUUUUCCCCUUUUCCCUCCCCCUUGUGGAUGUUUUUAAGCCCAGUGAUCCUGCAGACAAGGAGGAGACCGUCUCUCAUCACCACCGCUGCAGACAGCUGCGACUCAGUGCUCACUGGCCCCCACAGCUAUCUGAGCUCCACCAUGACCGAUCGUUUCGACUGCUUCUACUGCAGAGACAACCUGCAGGGCAAGAAGUACGUCAAGAAAGACGACAAGCCAGUGUGCGUGCGCUGCUUCGACAAGCUCUGCGCCAACACCUGCGCCGAGUGUCGCAAACCUAUAGGUGCUGAUGCAAAUGGCAAUAAUAUAUUGAUGAAAAGUCAUCAUAUCUUGCCUCGCAGAACCAUUGAUACUCUCAUCCUAAUUUGA